CCUAGUUACAUUAAUUUACCAGUGAAUAGCAUGUUAACAAUUUUUCUUUAUUUUAUUUUACGUUACUUUAUUCUAAUAGUUUUGGAACCGGAGAAGCAAACAGGCAGUGCAGGUGCCGUGGCAGGAGGCGUGAUCGGCGCUCUUUUGGCAAUAAUCAUCAUAGUUUUAUUACUUAUAUUCAUUAUGGUAAGAAGGGGAAAAAUGAAAAACCCAAUAGAGCGACUGCAAUCCCUCUCAACGAAGCGAAACAAAUACAUUGACCACGAUCUGUCAAACGUUGAGAAAAGACUGAAUAAUACCGGCAUUCCAAAGAGUUAUAACAAUCGUGCCUACUCUCAGGAGUUUGACGACGACGUAUACUACGCUGAAAAUGAGACCCCUCUAAGGUAUCAAAUUGUCCGAUCGAGAAUUACGUUCGAGGAGGAGAUCGCCAGAGGGAAAUUCGCCAUUAUCUACAAGGCAAAGUAUUGCAGAGAUAAUUCCUCAACAACUGUCGUAGCCAAAACAUUAAAAGAAAACCCAACUCAAGCGGAUAUUGAGACCAUGCAUGCCAAGGUUAAUUUCUAUACAAUAAAGAUUGGAGAACAUCCAAAUGUUCUGAAGUUUAUAGGAGUUGUGGAUGACGACGUUCUUGGUAGAUUUAUGAUACUGGAGUACUGUGAAAAUGGGCCCUUGAAGGACUAUCUAAAGACUAAUAAACAUAGGGUUAACGACGACAUGCACGAGAAACUGUUCCGAUUUGCCUGUGGAAUAUGUAAAGGAAUGAACUACCUAGCUUCUCAGGGGGUUGUACACAGACGUCUCGCGGCCAGAAACAUUUUGCUGACGUUCCUGCUGGAAACAAAAAUUACAGGAUUCGGUCCAGAACCUCGGGAUAAUGAUGGUGAUUCCAAAAACGAGAGAAUUCCCAUUAAAUGGAUGGCGCCGGAGUGUAUAAAAACCACAAAAUACGCCACGGAAAAGAGUGAUGUUUGGUCUUAUGGCGUGCUUCUCUGGGAAAUCUUUUCUAUGGGCGAAUCCCCGUAUGAAGGCAUAAGGAGUAACGAAUUGGAAUCUAAAUUAAAACGAGGCGAACGACUGAAGAAACCAGAACACUCCGAUGAUGUUUUCUACAAAAUCAUGAAAAAAUGUUGGCAAUAUGAGAGCGGAAAGCGUCCAAACUUUGAAGAAAUCCAUGAUGAACUUCAAACUCUGUUCACCGGAAACAUCGACGGCGAUGACUAUUACUACACUCAAGGGGGACUUUAUGACAACCGUAAAGCGUAACAAUUAUAUCAUUAAAAAAAAUCCAUUUAUUCUUCAUUCAC